CAAAAAUGCCGCAAUUCGUGCUAACAUUCCACCUAUCAGUUUUGUUACCGUAUUUUGUUACCGUUUUUGUUAUCGUUUCGUUACCAACAGAAAACAACUUUUAGUGUUUUUCUCCGUCCUGAAGCAAUGGCGCAGUUUAGUGGAGUUAUUCAACUAACAGAUCUCAACGACUUCAUCACUCCAUCUCAAGAAUGCGUAAAGCCAGUGAAGAUCGAGAAGGACACAUCAAGCAAAGGGCUAGCUGCAAUUAGGGUCGAGGCUGAUGGCUCGUAUUCUCAAGUAAAUGAAGAUGGGCAAGAAAUCAGACUGAAGAAGGCAAACAUAACAUUGAAUGACUGCUUGGCAUGCAGUGGCUGUAUUACCUCAGCUGAAACAGUCCUCAUCACACAGCAAAGUCAAGAAGAGUUAUAUAAGGUACUUGAUGAAAACAGAGUUGCUUUGCAAUCUGGUCAACAUGAAAAAUCAAAGAUAAUUGUUGUAUCAAUAUCUCCUCAAGUGCGAGCAUCAGUUGCAGCAAAAUUUGGGCUUGACAUUCAAGACACUGGUAGAAGACUAACAAGUUUUUUCAAAGCAAUAGGUGUUCACUAUGUCUAUGACACCACAUUUUCUAGAAACUUUAGCCUUAUUGAAAGUCAACAUGAAUUUGUUAGAAGGCUUAAAGAAAGUCAAAAUGCCAAUAGCUCUCUACCAAUGUUAGCAUCAGCAUGCCCUGGAUGGGUUUGCUAUGCAGAAAAGACGCAUGGAAGUUUUAUUUUGCCGUAUAUCAGCACAACAAAGUCUCCACAGCAAAUAAUGGGGUCACUUGUAAAAGAUUUUUUAUCAAAAAGUGUUGGAAAAACACCAGACCAGAUUUUUCAUGUUUCUAUCAUGCCAUGUUAUGAUAAAAAACUUGAGGCAUCAAGACAAGACUUUUAUAAUGACAUUUUUAGGACAAAGGAUGUAGACUGUGUUUUGACAUCCAUGGAAUUAGAGAAGAUGUUUGAAGAGAAGGGAAUUAUGUUUAACACUGUUCCACCUGCAGAACUUGACAUUGAAUUUUCUAGUGUAGAUGCAAGUGGAAACUUUUUAAGUCAUAGUGGUGGGGGCUCUGGUGGUUAUGCAGAACACAUUCUGCAGUAUGCUGCUAAAGAGAUUUAUGGGAUAGACAAUCCUAUUGUUGAGUAUAAGACCCUCAGAAACAAGGAUUUUAAGGAAAUUCAUCUUUUGGUUGAUGGAAAAGUUGAGCUUAAUUUUGCUUUGGCAUAUGGCUUUCGAAAUAUUCAAAACUUGGUUCAAAAGCUGAAGAGAAAGAAAUGUCAGUACCAUUUUGUUGAAAUUAUGGCUUGUCCUUCUGGAUGCUUGAAUGGUGGUGGACAGAUCAGGGCUGGAACAUUUGAAGAAGCAAAGGAACUGUUAGUUAAGGUUCAGAAAAUUUACGAAGAUAUUCCCAAACAACUACCUACCCAAGCAAACAGGGUUAUGGAACUAUAUGAUAAAUGGCUUGGAGGUGCUGACUCUGAGCAUGCACGGAAAAUGCUGCAUACACAAUAUCACGAGAUCGAAAAACAAACAAGUAACCUAGCUGUUAAGUGGUAAUAAUAUAAUAGCGUUGUUAAAAGCUUUAUUGUGAUUGUAUUAUAAAUAAAGUCAAUAAAAUUACAACACUAUUGGGAAAAAUUUGCUUUUCUUUACUAUGCUGAUUGUUUCUAUGCUGAUUGUUUCUAUGCUCUUCAUACUUUCCAAAGUGAAAUCAUGAAUGCAAAAGUACUUAAAAAAUAGAUAAUGUUCAACAAUUGGCUAGGAAAGACAUAAACAAUUCAAAUUGUGCUUGAAUAAGAGACCUGGAGGGUCCUUUUGUAUGGUUUGAAAAAAGGUUAUGGAAAAAGCAGAUGUGAGGUGGUGAUAGGCAGCAUAGAAGUGCUACAGAUAAGAUUGAAGCAAAUCUGUGUCAUAUAAGAUUGAAGAUUGAAGUGUCACAUAAGGUUGCAAAUAAAGAAAUUUAAAAAAGGUUGGCGAGGAAAGCAACUUGACAGCAUUUCAUCUUCAAAAGAAAUGGAUUGGAAAUAUCUUUAAAAGAUAUUUGGGAAGAAAUAAGAAACAGGCGAACAAUAACAACAUGGAAAGACUGCUAACGACAAUUGAAGAAAGGAAACAAUCAGAGCUGGCGGACCCACAAAAAGCAUCAUCCAGGAAAAGGUUGAAGGAGAAAGGAAGCGCUGCAGGCCAAGACGAAUUUGGAUUGACGAUUUGAGAGACUGAAGUGGCUGUGACACCCAACAGCUCUGUCACAGAACUAGCAACAGGAAUGAAUGACGGCAGUCGUGGGUGCACCGACGACCAUUGGGGCUAUAGACUUGUUUGAUUGAUGUUAAGAAAAGUUACUGAGAAGGAAUUUGAGAAGGCACCCAAGGAGACACAGAACACCAAACAAACAAAAAGAAAAGAAGAUUUGAAGGUGGCAAACAGAAAACUACUUUUGGUCAUUUUUCGACGUUUAUUCUCUGAAGAGUUUCGGAAGAAAAGUGCUUCAGUAUGCUUUAUUUCUGCUGUUUCGUGUCUUUUUCAAAUUUCCCGAUACGAAAAACUUAUACAAAAGAAGAAGAAGAAGAUGAAAAAAAGAAAAAGCUGUGAUUAGGGAAGAGUGACAGAAGCAGCUAGGUAUAAUAAUCCAAAGAAAAAGUAAACAAGUAAACAAAAUGAGAUAUACUCAACAUAAAAGGUACAAAUGAGAUACAAGUAAACAUUACUAGUUUCCUCGUUGCAUGAUGUCUUGCCUUCUCUGGUUGUUCUUUUCUGAGAUAUGAUCUUAUUCCCAAUUUGGUCUCAUUUUUGCAUUUACAUAUCGUUGUUGAUCAUAGGCGGUAUCCUUAUUUAAUGCUUCCUACGAUUCAUCAACUCUAUUAUUUUAAUGCAAAGUAUUGUGGGAACAUUUCAGCGUUAACCACACAAGGAUUAAGCGGAAUAGAGCCUAGCACAGAGCCUUUAGAUACACACAUAUUCCAUGACACUCUUCAGAAUCACGAUUCUUCGAAAUCACAAGUCUUCAGAAUCACAAGUAAUUUAAUGAUAAAAGCCAAAUGCACUCUACUCGAAUCCAUUAUCACGCAACUUGGCAAUCCUCUGAAUACAGCUUCAAUAACAUUCGGUUUUGCCACUAUAAAAUUUCGAUGCACCAAAAUCGUUUAUAUUUGGCACAUUGUGAUACCUUAAAAAAUUGCUAGUGGCCGCUUUAUUCACCCUGCCAAAAAAUAAAGAUUUACAAAACUUCUUGACUUCAAAACUUGUAAAGCUGCUAUAUCAAGGAUUUAUUCGACCAACUUUUCGACUCAAGGCCAACGACUUCCAUUAUCAAAAGCAGCUAACUGUUUUUUGUUACCUUUUACCUAUCUAUUACCUAUUAACAGUGCAGAAGCUAAAAACUUACAAGAACAGUCGAUGUAUAUUUUCUCUGCAAAAAUAACUAAAGUCGAUCCCUAUCAUUUUGCCAAGUCCACCAAAAGGACUGAAAAAGUAGUCAGCGGCCCUAAAAAUUUAUCCAUUCUCGCAACUAAGGACAACGAAUCCUGAAAAUAAGCAGCUUGUUAUCGUAGCAACUUAAAGUAAAAUAGCAGAUAAAAACGAAAGAAGAUGCAUAUAAAUGAUUUAUUCAUAAAAACUGAGCCUUUAAAUUUAAAUAAUUCUAUCCCAUAAAUAUUUACAAAAAACACCUCUUCUAUAAUCUAAACUGGAGAAGCUAAAUAUUUUGUGUAAUAUCUAACUCCAUACUGCGAUUUAAAGGAUCUUAAAUGUGCCGAUAUUUUUAGCGCUGGUCCGAGUUUUAUCCCCAUUGUCUGGACCAUAUGUUCUUCUUUUAUUAGCAUUAAUGCUUGACCGUCGAUCUCUUCUUCUAGAAAUCGGUCGGCGUAUUGCUGACAACCAGGAAUUUCUCU